AUGACAACGAAAUUUAAACAAAUUUCGAAGGAGAUAGAAGAUGUAAAUGCAGAUCUAGAUAUAGAGACUCUCAAAUUAUAUAUUAAAGAGUUCGAAAUCUGGCUGAAUCAAUUCAAAGGUAAAAAUGGGAAACGAACUUUCUUUUCCCAGAAGCCAUUAAUUAUGAAAUUUCUGCAAGUACUUUCCAUACAGUUUAAAAAGCAGAAAAACGAAUUUAAAACCAUCUUUACCUAUCUUCCUUCGAUAAUAAAAACAUUAGUUCUUCCAGGUAAUGAUUAUGAAAUUCGAAAAGAAACGCUAGUUGUUGCUAUACCUCUUGUUGACUAUUCUAAUAGUACUUUAUCCAUUCUUUACAACUUUUGGAUCGAAUUUCUUUUAGAACCGUUAUUUGCAUUUAAUAAUAAAGAAUUAGAAGAUGGUUCAUUAAAAAUAGGCGAUACCCGUGAUGUCACAGCUAAUGAUAUCAUUUCAUUCAACGAAAUUUUAAUAAGUCAUCUUGACGAAGUCAAAGAUUCGGAUUUUAUAUACUGGUAUAAACUACUUGCAGCAAACUCCAUUACCGCAGUCUUGGAAAACACUUGGGGAAUUUCUCCAGAAAUUCAACUCAAAUUCGCCCAAAUUUACGCUAAAAACCUUGUUCAAAAGGUUAAUUCGGGGUUUUACACGCAGUUUAUUGAGACUGCGUCUAAAACAAAUAAGCACGAACCCCGCGCUUUUACGAAUUCGUUUUUAGCGAUCAUUGAUAAGCUUGUAGAUCCGAAAAACAGCAACCAAAUGAUCGAAAAUGAGAAUAUAAUUAUACUUUUCAAGAAAUUAUUCAAUAUUAUUACAACCUUACCUGAAUCAAAAGAUCCGAUCGAUUCAAAUCUAUUUACAUCGGUUUUCAUAGAAAAAGAGUACAUGUUUUCGUAUUUCGGACAUACGUCAGAACGAGAACUGUCUACUUUUAUUGAUUACGUCUUCGAAAUCGACAAGAAAAAUUCAAUUAACAUUUUAUCGAAGCUUUUGACUCAUACUUUCGAAUACCUUACUAUUCUUUCGAACAGAUAUGGAUGCCAGUGGAAAAUCGAGGUUUUCAAGUACAAAACCGAGAUAUUUAAUAUGAGUAAUCAAAUUCAACUGACAAAAGUGAUGGCAUACGAAAUAUUCAAGCAUACAGAUGAAGAACAAACAAUAUCCCUUAUUAAGGAUCUCUUUAAUAUCGAAGAUGAAUCGAAUUUGGCGAUUUCUUUUUUACUUUUUCUUUAUUUUGAACAAAAAAUCGAUUACAAUACAACUUUAAGAUUAACAAAGCAAUUACCGAAGUCAACGUCAGCACAGAAUAUAUUUAGAGCUUAUGUUUCCGUUGUAAGUAUCGUUUCUUACGGAAUAUUUAAUAAUAUUCCAAAAUUAGCAACAAUUUCGGGUGCUAUCAAUGAAUCUUUAAAGAACAUUAAUGAUACAUUACUAGAUACAAUACGAGAUUCCAUCAGAUUCUCCUUUAUUUCGUAUUGUAAAAUAGAAACAAAAUUUGACAAAGAAUUUUUCGAAAAAUUCUUGGAAGAGUUCAGAAAUUUAGUAGAAAACUCAGUUAAAGGUGUCUACGAGAACUCAUUUUACCUCGUUUGGCAUUAUUUUUAUUUAUCAGAUGAAACUCGAGCAAUUACUCAAUACAACGACACAACAUUGUACAAUUGGGUUCUUUAUCUCAAGAAAGGCUUGAUUUACGAAACAGAUCGUAUUUUGAAACAUGAGUACAUGAAAUGCGCCAUAGAGCUCUUUUAUUCAUGUACAGUGUACUCAUUUAACUUAAUGGCUGAGACGGCAACAUAUAUAAGAACAUACGAUAAGCCUUUUCCUCAAGAAUUGUUAUUACAAUUAACUUUAGUAUCGAUUGACAUGUUUGGUGUAUUUAUUUCGAACCAGAAAUGCGAGAAAAUUAACAGAUCCGCGAUAGAUCCAACAUUCUACGUAAGUCCGAUGCUAAAAAUUUUAGAAGAGCUUAUUAAGUACUACGAAAACAAAGAAAUGGCUACUUUGAUAGCUUUCUCGGCUUUUGUGUUGGUUUAUACCCGUAUACCUAUCGGAAUUUCCUCGGAUUUCCCAUCAAUUGAUCUUUUUAAAUGUUCCCCAGAAACGGUUUCUAUCGUUCUCGCGAUGCUCACCGAAAAUAUUCCCCAUUUUCAUCCGAAAGCCAUACAGUAUAUCAACGCGCUAGUGAGGAAAGCGAGAGAUUUGUACUUCUCCCUUAUGGCCAACUCUCGUCUUGAUGUUAAAAUGCUUUCUGUUCUUACGAAAUUCGCUGCGACCAUCACGAUUUAUGGUCUACCUCAAUGCAAGAAGAUCUGCACCGAUAUAUUAUCAACACCACCUGGCAAGGAUAAUAUAAGGACCAUAAAGGAAGACGUUUUGAUGGAGAUUGGCUAUCAAUUUGGAGAAUUUAUUUCAGAAACAGAGAAAUCUCCCGGCAACUAUGAAAUAAAAGUCAGGAGUUUCUCUGAGACAGCUAAUUUCCAGCUAAAUGUGAACUCAAGCCUCAAAUCAAUCACGAAAAACAUCUUUUUGAAUGGAAAUAAUUUCCAACCAAUUCAAAAAGGUGGAAUGAUCUUAUAUUUAGCUAAUGAACAGUGUUCUCUCAAGAUGGCCGCUGAAAAUAAAAUGGAAUCCACUUCAAAAUCCUUCGCAAUGUUCGCAAAAAGUUUGGGAAAAUUUAGAAAAAGUGACAAUUCCAUUACAUGGCGAUUUUUCAUGAACAGUUUUUCGAUGAACUUCCUUCCAACUAUGGAUGAUAAUGAUAGGAAGCUAUUAAGCAUGAAAGAAGAGUUCGCAGUUGUUUGGGAUGCAAGAAACAACGAAAACUUAUUGAUUAGCGAUCUUCCUCAUCUUAAAGCUUUCAUUAUAUUGAAGCCUGUACUUGCAAACUAUAUUCUAGUAAAAGUACAGUGCGAUUCCAAGUUUAAAAUUGUUGUUGGUCCUCUCCAAGAUAAAACUCUUUUUUCAAAGGAGUAUUUGCCUUCUUUCGUUCGAUGGACCGUUCAAUAUUAUUAUAUGAACUAUGGAAAUUAA